GCUGUUUGCUCGCUGGCUCUUGGAGCAAGACGGGUUUGCGAUUUCAGUGGCUUGUACUGCGAGUGUUUUAGAGAGGUGGCCAUACCAUCGUUCGUUUCUUUAUAAUUUGUUAUUGUCAAGAGUUGACAGUGGCAAGUAUGCAAGCAGAAUCCGGAAUAGUUCCUGACUUCGAGGUUGGAGAAGAGUUUCAAGAGGAACCAAAAACGUAUUACGAAUUGAAGAGUCAGCCCUUGAAAAAAAACAGUAAUCCUUCAGACCAGCCAUGCUCAUCUUCCAAGCCCCCAUUGGGCUCCUCGACCACAACAUCACGGAUCCUGCUGCGGCAGCAGUUGAUGCGAGAGCAGCUCCAGGAGCAGGAGCGGCGGGAGCAGCAGAGACGCCAGGCCUCCUCCACCUCACAGUACCCCAAGAUCACCGCCGCCCACAAUCGCACGCACGGCCAGACACCGGCCAUCAAUGUCAGCGCUCCUCCCAGCCUGCCCCCCGCAUCCCAGCUGCCCAUGGAGGUGCUGAAGGUGCAAACUCACCUGGAGAACCCCACCAAGUACCACAUCCAGCAGGCCCAGCAGCAGCAGGUGAAGCGCUACCUGGGCAAGAUUGGCUCCCUGCCCUGCCCUAACCAGCCUGCUGACCACGGGGGCAUGCCUCCGGGGCUGGGCAACAGUGCCCCCAACAGCCCCAUGGCCUUACUCACCCUCAACAUCAACUGCGAGAAAGAGAUGGAUGAUGUCAUUGAUGACAUAAUUAGUCUGGAAUCUAGUUAUAACGAUGAUAUCCUUGGAUUAAUGGACCCGCGGCUUCAGAUGGCCAAUACGAUCACUGUCAACACUAACCUCUUGGAUCUGUAUGGUAACCAGGGCAUGCCCCCUCCAGGACUGGCCAUCAACUCCUGCCCCGCCAUCUUGCCCAACAUCAAAAGGGAAUACUCAGUUUCCCAAUCUCCGGCCGUUAUGCACAUGGACAAGUCAGAAUCAUUUGGCAAGUUUGACAACUAUCAGAGGCCUGAAGGGUAUCCUGUAGCAGAGGUCAGGGCAAUGGCAAAGGAAAGACAGAAGAAGGAUAACCAUAAUUUGAUUGAGAGAAGACGGAGGUUUAACAUCAAUGACCGGAUCAAAGAACUGGGAACCAUGAUUCCAAAAUCAAGUGAUCCGGAUAUGCGUUGGAACAAAGGCACCAUUCUCAAGGCGUCGGUGGAUUACAUCAGGAAGCUACAGCGGGAGCAACAGGGGGCCAAAGAGCUGGAGAACAGGCAGAAGAAGCUGGAGCACAUCAAUAGACACCUGAUGAUGCGGAUACAGGAGUUGGAGAUGCAGGCUCGUGCCCAUGGUCUGACCACAGACUCGUCUGCCCUCUGCUCAGCGGAGCUCUCAGCCCGAGGCAUCAAGCAGGAGCCAGCCCUGGGUGAUUUCCACCAGGAUCUGUACCCUGUCGACCCUCAGCACCAACACCGCCCAGCCUGCACUCCAAACCAGGUUCAGUCCACCACCUUGGAGCUCAAUGAUGAAGCCUCUCCCUACACCGAGGGCCACGGGGGAAUCUCAGGCGAGCUCCGGAUGGACGACACCUUGUCCCCGGUGGGAGGGGGAGACCCCCUGCUCUCCUCUGUCUCUCCCGGAGCCUCUAAGGACAGCAGCUGCUCAGGCAGCAUAAGCAUGGAAGAGAACGACCAUGGCUGUUAGCACUCACUGCUGCCCACCCACCUGCAUCUGUAUCUCCAUCCCUCCACCCUGUCCUACUUCAGCCAGCUGCUGGUUGGUUUGUUUGUUGGUUGAUGGUUUUCAGGUGUUGACACAUAUAUAUAUUUAAUUUUUCAGCCCAAUAUUUUGUUUUGUUUAUUUUAUGGUAUCAUUGGGUUCUGAAAGCGUUCAAACUGAAUUUAGUUCAGCUUCUCUUAUGUAUUGAUUUUAAAUACAUUUUUUAUAGUUUAUUUUAAUCGAUCAUGGUCUGAUUUUUAUAUUACUUUGAUGACAAUGAGUCAGGGAGCAAUAUCUGACACGUACCUGUGUAUAGUUAUCAUGGUACUGUAUAUGACAGGCUUAUAAGCAGUUAUAAAACCCUGAUUGAUGAGCUUAUUGCUUUUAAAUCUUAAACAAUGUAAUUCCCUCGGAAUGAAAGCUAAAAAUUGUGGUUAAAUAUAUUUUUGGUGUGAUACACACUACUUGCUUUUUAGCAAGUCUGUUCAGAGCAAUUUGACAGAAGCGAUAAGACAUUAUUUUAAUUACUUUUGUGCUUUACCGUCAUCUUAGAUUGAACUUGAAUGUGACAAUGCCUUAGUCAGAGGAUUUGUAAACAUUUCACAUAUAGUACAGAAUGUGGUCAGUCUACCAAUGUUGUCAGAAAUGCAACAGUGAUUUCAAUACGAGCAGAUUUUGCUUUAUGAAGAUAUUUCUGAUAAUAUGAUGGAAAUGUAUUGCAAGAAAUACUCACUAAGGGCUGGAUUCAAUACGUAUCGUGGACGUAUCAGGGAUGUUAAAAUGUAAAGGUCAUUUCCAAUUGAGCAGACAUAUGCAGCGUUUAACAUGAAUAUAGUCUUUGCGAACGCGGGAACAUUGAAAUUUAAAAGCAAUCAAGCUAUAACACGGAUUUUCCGUGAGAUGGAUUGACUUGCUAUAACAAUCAAGCAGUACCACCACAGACCUUCCGCGAUACGGAUUGAAUUGAGCCCUAAGAAGUGUAUCUCCUAGGAAGAAAAAUACAUUUUGUUUUUAAAUGGUCCAUUUCCUAAAUCAUUUUUGUUUUGUUGUACCCUUGUUAGGAUUUGCCUGUCCAAUAUCCAUUUUGAGGUAUUCCAGAUCUUUUUUAAGUUAUGUGAAUGUGAAUGUUUAUUUUGCCAAGGAAUAUAAGGACACUGCUGUGUUACACACUCUAAACACUGGAAUGACAUCCAUAAAUUGAAAAAUGGUUUGGUUGGUAACCAUUUUUUAAAUGUUUAAAAAAAAUAUGUACUAACAAUAUUAUAUUUAGGGUUUUUAAAUGCAUACAAUUUAUUGUAUGAUUGAUUGUAGUUAUAACUAUAAACUGUACUGUUAAUGUAUAUUUCUACUAUUUAACAACUUAGCAAAAUACUCAAAUAUGCCUUUGAUAAUAACUAUCUACUGUACAUUACACCGCUGUAUUGAGAGCAUGGUUACAGUGCACCCUCAAGUCUGUGGAACUAUGCAAUGAUCACAGUUGUAGCUCAGUAUUGUAGCUCCUGUUUUGCCCAGAAGACAUUAGACACAUUAGGCUGGUCAUCUAUUAUGUUGUAAUGAUUAAUAAGAAGCGGCCAGCAGAAUGAUUUACAUUGAAGUGAAGUGCCUUACAGUUGUUUUUUAAUUUUUCCACAGACCUAUGAGGACUACUAUACACUGGGAUGUUGUUGUUGUUUCUGGUGUUUGGUGCUUCAUGUAUGAAGUGUUGAACUGCAAGGUCCCUAAGGGAAGCAGUAGGAAAGGGCAUUUUGUCAGACAGUAGAAGACCAUGUUAUGGGCCCCCCGUGACAUGGCCUCUAACACUGGACUGUAAGAAUGUCUCUCCAGGCCAUCCGUUUUGUUUGGGAUGUUUUUGAUGCUAGAUUUAUUUAUAUAUUUUUUUAUGUCAGAAUUCCACUCAGAGGGCAAUAAUCAAAAUGUAGUUUUACUGAAUUAUCAGCUUCUUUUUUAUGACCUAUAUUUUUGCUGAAUGUAAUGUACCUCAGUGUUGACUGCCAAAAUGUGUUUCCAAAUUCAAAGUCUAAAAUAUGUAAAGAAAGAAAUAACAUUUGUUUUUUGACAGCUUAGCUGAUGUAGCUUUAUGUAUGGAUGUUUCUUCCUUAUUUAUAGAACGAUAACUUAAGAAGAAUGGCAAUCAGGCAGAAGGUUAAGCUAAGCACAAAAUAGCCCAUGCACUUAAAGGGGCAUUCUCUGAAGUAACAAUCCACUGCAGAAUGGCCCUCAUGGUCAAACUGACCCCAGGUCUGUCUGCUGAUAUCUAGACACAGGCCUGUCAUUCACUCACUGCCCUUUGACUGAACCCAGGUCAGCAUGUCACUGAAUGCAUAGAACUACCAUGUCCGAUAAAAGCAAUGGUGACAGUUGAUUUGAAGCGUAUUAUUUGUAAAUCCACAUUUUCAUUUUGAUCGGGCCCACUACCAUGGCAGUUUGGGUAUGCCACUAACAUUUCAAAGAGCCAUGUUUGUUCACACAUUGAGCAAACUGUCAGCUCUACUCAUUCUAUUUAUAUAGUUCAGAUCGACGCCUCUGCUGAGAUUGCCACUGUAAUCUGAUGACGGCUCUGUUGCCAGGAGAGAUGGAGGUAGUGAUGGUCAUAAACUGGUUAGGGAUGGAUCAGUGAUGUCACGAUCAAGCUCAUUCAUUGGAACUGAGUGUGAAAACUAGUGACAAAUAUGAAAGUCAAUAAAAUAUUGUUACCGGUC